UAAUCUUUCAAUACAUUUCUCGUCUUUUUUUUUUAUUGUUGUAACUUGUAAUACUUACAUUAAAACAACAUUAAUUUAUAUUGUUUAGCUGAAAGUUGCGACUACGAAAAAGAUUAUUCUUGUGGUAUAUUUUAUCUUUGUUGUUUUAACUAGUAAUAAAUUAAAUUUCUAUCAAGGUAUUCAUACUAACAUUGAAGAUGCAGUUAAAUUUCAUCAUUUAUCCUAGAUUUUGUUAAAAGUAAGGUUGAUUGUAUAAAGAUUCAAAAAUAAAAGGUAUGCAAGUGUUUUUAAAAAUAUUGUUUUUCAAAUGAAGUUGAAGAUUUAACAUUAUUACUUCAAUUAUUAAUUUAACCCACAUAAGUAGCAAUUCUUACCGAACAAGGGGUCUAAAAAAUAAGGUGUUGUUUUUUUUCUGAUGAAAGAAUAUUUUUAUUCCAUAUUUGCUGUUUUUAGAUUUGGAUAUAUUUCAAAAAGAAUUAGGCAAUUGAAAUGAAUGUUUGUUUUAAAAUAUUUUAUUUGACAUUAUUUUAAUAUAAAUUUUAUAUUUUCCCAAAAAAUGUGUUUUAAAGUGAAAAGAUUGGAAUUUUCCAUUUUUAUAUGAUACUUUUUCUUUAGAUUUGGAUUUGAUACAGAAAGAAGUCGAAAAUAAAGAACUGAAACUUGCUCAACUGGAAGAAAGAAUCAAAUUAAUGGCAGCAAAAAAGGAAUUAGAUAAAAAGAUCUUGGUUUUAGAAAAGCAAGCUUUGCUGUUAGAGAAAUCAGCGCUUCCGGAAACAACGUCUUCUGAUGUAGAGCCAAAAGUAGAAGUGCCACCGGCAUUACUCCCAUUGGAGAAAGAAUUGACGUGGAAUGACUUUAUGGCAUGGCGCCGAACUCACCUAGGGCCGAAAACAAGAAGGGCAUUUCAUUUUUGGAUCGGAAAUGGUGGGCGGGACUUGCCGACUUUUACCUGGCGAAGAGUGAAUGCUGGAGCCAGAAGGGGUGGCUCUAGCCACCCCUUCUGGCCCUCAACGGGCCAGAAGGGGUGGCUAACCCUGAAUUCCCCUCACAGGGGGAAUUCAGGGUUUGUGAUAAACAACUACUCGUAUUCGUAAAUUUGGUUUUUUUAAUGUGUUAGAGUUAAUUAAAAAUUUGCGGUCGUUGUAUAACGACUGCUUUAAAAGAAUAAAUACUAGUUCAUACAGCCUCCACGUCCG